AUGGGUUAUCAAGAGAUGAAAGAAAUGCCACAAGUGCUGAAGCCAGCAUUUGUGCUCCUUACACUUCUCCAAAUCAUCUUUAUGGCAUCUCCAGGUCUUCGUGGAUGGGGAUGGUUCAUUUGUCUCACUUCGAUUCUUGAGUUUAUCACUGCUCUCGGCGUAUUUGCUGCUGUUUUCUUUGACCUAUUAUUUACAAAAUCUGGCCAAUGGGUUCUUGUUGAGCUGGGAUACAGUGCCAUUUUCUGUGUAUGCAGUGCUCUCAACACCAUCUAUUAUUUUGUCAACAUUUUCCAUCUUUUCAAUUUUUGGUUCCUUCCGGCUACGAUAAACUCCGUUCUGCUUGUUCUUGCGUAUGGUCUCAACGCUCUCGUUCACUGGACCGCCCGUACUUCUGGGACAUCGUCAACUUCUAGUACUGGAAAUCAAGCAACAGCUGGUCCACCACCAUCUGCCUAUCCAGCUGGAGUGAACCCUGCCUAA